AUGGUAGGCAAUGCUUUUCAUCUUUUCGUCAUAGCACUCUGUGCUGUUUUGGCAGCAGCCGGAGCUAUUGACAGGAGAAUCAUCGGCGCAGAGAACGCUACGGAAAACGAAUUUCCAUCUAUUGUCAGCAUCCAGAAUGCGGGUUCUCACAUUUGCGGAGGCACCUUGCUGGACAACACCACGGUUCUCACUGCUGCUCACUGCACCAACUCGCGCAAGCCUCUAGGCACUGGAAGGUACUCAGUAAGAGCAGGAACUCUGGACUCGCAGGCUGGCGGCGUAGUUGCAGCAGUAGCAUCGAUCACAAGUCACCCGGCCUACACUCGCCGCAGAUUUAACCGAAAAGUAUAUUCUGUCAAUGAUGUUGCCCUCCUCAAACUUUUUGACUCCGACCGGAGAGAGCGAAAAAAUUCGCUUUGCGACGCUACCGCCGGAUGGUUGGACUCCUGCAGCAAACUCCACUGCGAUUGCCGCGGGCUGAGUUCCAGCGAGAACGUCGCUGCUACCACGCUCGCCAAAGUGCUGAUCCCGAUUCGCCCCAGUCAAGACUGCGCUGCGCUUUCCGGAACCGAGGACAUCAUAUGCGCCGGCGCAAAAGGCAAGGAUACAGCCCUAGGGGACAGUGGCGGCCCUCUUAUCGACCCGAACACGGGACAUUUGAUUGACGUCAUAGUAUCUGGCUAUACGGAUUUUUCCGAAGGAGUGUAUGCGAAGACCUCGAGCUACAUCCCCUUCAUCAACGAAAAUCUCGGCUGGACAGAGCAGUCUACCAAGUCGCCUAAGCCUCUGGGCCAACAAGUCGAGGAGCACUGCGGACGCUGCGGAAACGACAAGGCUGCCUGUUUAGAGGCCGCCGCUCGCUGCGAAGCGGAAGUGAAGCCAGACGCAGUUGCGCCCUUGCACCUCGAAUGUAUUGAUAGGCUCCAAGCCUGCGAGGGUUCAAAAAUUGAGACUUGCCUGGCAUACGCAAAGGCGUGCCAAUAUAACAAGGAGUUCCCUUUGAGGGACCUAGGGCAGUUGGUGGAAUGUAUCGAGUCGGCUGAUGAAGAAGUGCGUGAUCUGGAUGAGUUUGAGAAAGUCCUUUGGGGCCAUAUUCGGUAG